UCAGAUCCUGAGUAUAAAAGACUUAGAGAACAAGCUGACCUAGCUUAUAAGAAAAAACAACAGCUAUCUAGUGAAUCUCAAAAAGCUUAUAAAAACGGUGAUGGCCAAAGAGCUCAUGAAUUAUCAGAAGCUGCAAAGAAACAAGUUGACAUAGCUGAAAACUAUAAUUUUCAAGCUGCAGAAUAUGUGUUUGUUGCCAAUAAUGCUGAUAGUGAUUCUGAUGAAAUAGAUUUACAUGGGUUAUAUGUCAAAGAAGCCCAAUGGGUUUUGAAAAAAAGAAUAGUGGCUGGUAUUCAAAGACAUGAAAGUAAAUUAGAAGUUAUUGUUGGUAAAGGUCUACAUUCUCAAAACGGUGUUGCUAAAUUGAAACCUGCAGUGGAAGAACUAUGUGAUGAAGCUGGUUUCAAAUCCCAUAUCGAUCCUAAAAACACUGGUGUUUUGGUUAUAAAUUUA